GUCCUCCCCUACAAACUUGUGUUACUCAGAGAGAGAGAGAGAGAGAGGAGCCCCUCAUCAGCAAAAUCCCCUCAUCUCAGCAUGUCACCUCAGUAAUGAGCACAGAUGAAGAUUCAGAGGGGUGAAGAGGAUAAAGCCAGGGAGAGUCACUGUGAGGACAAAUAUAAGCUGACAAACCACUGAUACCAGCAUUUGUUUACUCUUGAUUUGCUGGGAUCAGCAUUCGCCGCAGCUACCUAUUUUUCUUAACUUUUGCUUUUUAAAGUCACUAAAAUAAUCAAGGGGACAUUUUCAUAGAAGGAGAAGAAGAAAAAGAAGAGAAGAAGAGCAGGACAGUGUUUCCUUCUCCAGCAUGGUGGGCAGGUGGAACCUCCUGAUCCUGGGUGAGUCGCAUCUGUUGUCAAUGUGCACAGCAGGGUUAGGACGGAAAAUCAUCUGCUGAGGAAGUUAUUAAAGUGUCGUAUGUGUAGAGUAAAUCCAAGUGACUUUAGGUAUCAUUCAUGUACUAUAUCAAAUCUAUCACAACAUUUUAGACCAAAAGUAAUUCACAACACUUUCAGCACCGAGUUGUCUGUUUAGAUAAUCAAGUUGAUAACUGUUUUAUAAAACUUUCAUCAACAAGUGUUUUAAUCUAAAAUACAAGUGAAUAGCUAAGUAAAAGAACAAUCAGUCAUUUUAACUCUUAACUUCCUUGUUUUGAGGGUGUGUAAGAGUUCUUGAUCAUGCUUUACAUAAGCCAACCUUUUAUAAUACAUUACAAGCAAAUUCAUGAAGUCUUAUACAUGUAUCUUUGUGGCUUUAUAACAAUCCUUUUAAGCGGUUUUAAACAUUCGUAACAUCUUAUGGUAAUGUUUAUGAAGUGUUUUAAGCUGUGAGAAUAAUAUUUUAAGGGAUGGUUUAUGAAAAUCAUGGGUUUGAUAAGAUAUUACUCGUACAAUUUAAUCUGCUUAUAAAACUUGAUACAGAACUCAUUCUUAUCAAUAAAAAAGUUUUAAUUUCUAUGAUUUUCCAUUCUUUAAUUGUAUUAUUAAUACUCACAACCCUCUAAGGCACGAGUUGGAGCUUAAAAGCAACAUUUUGAUGCUGUAAGAAAAGUGUCAGACAAAAAUAUUUCACAACAAGAAUAAAUCUUGGUAUUUUUUUUUCAUUUGUAUAACAAUUAUAAACUAUACUUUUAUGAGGCAUUUUGCUCACUGCUUAUAACACCGCUCUAAACAUUGCUUUAAGCUUAUUGUCACUCACAGUGUUGUUAUAAACAGUUGUUUUUCCUCAAAAAGCCAUCUAUCUGAGCCUCACCACACAGAAAACCCCUUGUUCUUCUGCUUUUUAGAGACAUUUCAAUACUAUGACCUCAUCUCACAAAGUCCUUACUACCAGGCGCAUGAUUGUGACCCAGUCUUACGCAUCAGCCUUCAGUGGCAGAAACUCCAGUGUUGCCAUGGUAGCAAUACUGAAAGUGUUUUGUUCCGGUAAAUCUAAAACAACCAGAACAAUGAAAACUGCAUACUCAAAAAGCCACUUUUCUAAUCCAACGUUAUCCUACACUGUAAUGUAAAAGACGUGUUAAUGUAAAUCAACUUUGAUUUGGCAGAGUUGGGAAAAUUCUGGAUUAGCACAUAUUUCAGAGGGAAAGGUUUAAGUACAUGUAUGUUUAGUGCAAAAAGAAAUUGGCUUUCCUACUGAAGAGUGCUGAAAAACGAAGCAUGCAUCUACAUCGAUAUCAGUGCUUGGGUCAGAGUUCCUGUAAUCCGAUUAAUUACAUGGUAGAGUUGACUCAUUCCAAUACCCUGACCACUUUAACAACAAAGGGACAGAGCAGACUGGCAUCCCUUUGAGUAGUACAUUUAGCAUUGGCAAGAACUUGACACGUGAAAUUUUAAACUACCAUAAAGCAAUGAUUAAAAAACACAUGGUAACAAACAACAACUGAUACCUUUGGCUGAUCAGAUGAACAGAUCUUUAAAGGCAAAUUUGUUUAUUUUUAGGAUGUCUCUUUAUGCAGUUCAUUGUAGAACAUACAUAAUGUGACUCUGUCAUGCUUUUUCCCCUAAUGUUACCUCCGUCUGGUGCCAUUUGGGCAGCCACAGAGGACUGACUCUACACCCUUACAGCCUGUGAAUGUAAUGCAGUUUUAUGCUUGUGUUGUGCUGUGUAAUGUUUCCUUGCACAUAGGAAGCAAAGCAGGCAUGCCAGGUGUUGUUCACUCUGAAUUAUGAUGCAGAUGCUGUUGGAACAAUCUAAGGAAAUGAGGGCAGAGAAUGAGGGAAUGUACCUUUACUGUACAGUCUUUUUUUUUUCUUUUUAUAAAAAAAACAACCUGUUAUUAUUCAUGAUGUCAAACUUGACUGUGCCAUUGGCCAUAGAGGAAAGUCCCAAAAAACAUUAAAGAAGUUGAGCAUGAGGGCUGCUGUAUUUCAUGAACUGUAGAUUGACAGUCACCUAUUUGUUUUUCAGCCCUGCACCUCUUCCUCCCUGCAGUCCUGUCCCAGACCUGCAGAAACGGAUAUGACUACGAUCGUAAGAAGAACGAAUGCAUUGGUAUGAAAUGCAAAAAAAUAACACUAAAAGCAUCCACCCAGCCCACCCAUCCACAUCACGCUCACAUGCACAUAAACAGAGAAACUCAUAAAGAGCUGUGGCGUGAUGUGAUGUGAUGGCAACUGUCAUUGAUGGCUUAUCUUUGCAUUUUUUAUUAAGAAGAGUGUCACGUUGUGCAGAAGUAAACUGUUCUAUAUGUAUAUAUGUACAGUAUGUAUCCAUGUUAAUCCAUGCACAUGUAUCUUUUUGCCUACUUUCUCUCCUGGAUUAAGAUGUCAAUGAAUGUGAAGAAGUUAAUGACAAUAACAUCGGGCUAUGUAGAGAAAAUGCAGCCUGUCACAACACAGUUGGCAGCUUCUACUGCACAUGUAUUGAGGGCUUCUACCCAUCGCUGGGUGGAAAUAAUUUCUCAGCUAAUUCCACUGUAAAAUGCAGAGGUAAGUCCUCAACUGUAUUGAGUCAAUUAUGUUGAGAAUUCAAGUUUCACCUCUUUAGUCACCCCCUAACUAUUUUCAUCUUUUGAUUUAAGAUAUCAAUGAGUGCACCCAGGAAGGUAUCUGUGGAUCCAAUGCCAAGUGUGAAAAUACAAGUCCGUAUUACUCUUGCAUUUGUGAGGAUGGUUUUAUUUCUACAACUGGGAACAAGAGUUUUAGCCAAGGAGAGCGGGCUUCAUGUAUUGGUGAGCUGCCUAUCAGUCGAACAUUUACAGUGGGGCAUUUCUGUGCGUUGAGAGAAAGCACCAAUGACUGAUUGUUGAAUAUUGCUUUCCAUUUCUUCUGAACUCAUGCAGAUAUUGACGAAUGUCAAGGGGGCGAGGUUUGUGAUCAGAAUGCAACCUGUCGCAACAUACCAGGAAGUUACGAGUGUGUCUGUAAGGCUGGCUUUGGACUAAGAUCUGGCAAAUCUAAGUACACAGGGAAUCAGGAGCAAUGUGAAGGUGAGGGUUUAGAGUCACAACAAUCCAGAGAUUCUUUUUUUAAGUCUCACAAGAAUCUGAAUCAUAUCUGAAGCAUGUUUUGAUGUUUUUUAAUAUUCUUUAUAUCAGAACAAACACUAAGCAGAAGUAUGACAUAACAUGUCUAGAAGUUUGAGAUGGAAUAAAAUAUCCAAAUAUGCCCACAUGUCACAUCUUUGAAAAUAUGGACUCAGUAUUUAGCUGGAGUAUUACCAGAUCUGUGGUAAAUCAUUGCCAUUAGAUGUGACAUGGAUAGUACAGUAUGAUUGGUUGAGUGAGCAGAAGGCCUGUGAUUUUUUCAGUUUUCCAUCCGACUUGUUUCAUGUUAUGAUUCUGUGUUAUCCUUGAAAACCAGUGGAUAGACCAGGACAUGUAUUAUUCCAUUAGCUAUGAAAAACACAGCUGAAAUUCCUCCUCUGCCUGAUUUGUUUGUGUUUAGACAUAUGUAUGGUUGAUAAGACCAUCUGUGGAAAUGGAACCUGCCACCGUGGAGCCGAUGGCCAUUACUGUGCCUGUCAUUCUGGGUUUACCAACUACGGAUACAAAGCGUAUCAGUGCACUGGUAAGAACAGAGAAGCACUUAACCUUCUUAACAUGUUUCCCCAAACUAUUGUUUGUUUAUUGAAUCUUUAAACCCACUGUUACCAUAGGUACCUCCAUAACACAAGUGCUUUAGACGUCAGUAAGAACAUUUAAUGAAACGAAACUUCCUGUUUCCUCAGAAUUAAACUGUGAUGUCUUCAGAGAUACUGGCUUUCUGAAAGAGGUAACACAACAGGAACUCUUAUCAGGCUCUAAAAAGAGUUCAACGUUUACAGUAUUUCAGAUCUCUGUUGCCCAACACCCCUGUUCUGUUUCAUUCUUGAAAACUCUUUUUCACAGAAAUUUCGUGCCGCAUAUGAUCUGGUGGUGCAGCUUAGAGAAAACUGUAUGGAGCUUACAGAGCGUGAGAAUCCAACACAGCCAGAUGGAGAGGACCUUCUGAAGGUACAAUGUCACAUCAGGUCAUUGAAAUGCACUGUGAUCACAUAAAAAAAGUCUUCACUUCCUCACAAGUAACAAGAAACAGGAAGUUCUGCCUCCUUCAGGCCCUGUCACAUGGCUUUCAGAUGUCUGUGAAGGACUCUGUAGACUGUUUAUGUUGACCUGAGGCAGAAUGCAGCCUGAAAGUCUGCUUCAGACUGACUCUGUCUCCUGUUUCUCCCUGCUCAUGCUCAUGUUGUUCCCCUCCCUUUGCCCUCCCUUCCCUUGUGGCCACAGAGACUUCUGAAUGUGAUCGACGAGCUCUUGUCCAGUGGAGUCUUCAAGGAUAACAGGACAGUCUCCACCUUUCUGGACUUGGUGGAACACGCUUUGAAGCUCGUAGGACCUUUUAUGAAGCCCCCAGGAACCAACAGAACCGGCACUCACACAGGUGAAACACUAAUAGACAUGUGCAAAGAUAAGAGCAGAUCACAGCUGUUUUUUCACGAAGACAGAGGGUUCCUUCAAGAGAGUCCCACUUCUCGAGAUGUUACACUUGAUUUUGGAUUUCACUUUAACUGAGUUCAUGUAUUUGGUAUUUUAACAGACAGAGAGUGGGUGUAAAUAAAAAGCUGAUGUUUGUAUCUUGAUUUAGAGCUGCAGCUGCUGAUACAUAAGGGGGAUAAACUACCCCAAGGAGCCAAGACUUUGUCAACAAAGCAUGCUCAGCUGGACAUCCAGAUGGAGACAGCUGCUGGAGAUCUUUCCUCCUACCCCGGUAAUGAUCAUGACUGCCAACCCAUAUGCAACUGGUUUUGGACAUAAUUCAUGCUCAUUAAAUGCAGUGUCCUCCUGCUAUCGUUGUAAAAGGCUUUGCAACAGUGUCUAUGCUGAGCUAUGCAAACCUGGAAAAGUCUGCAGACGGCUUCUUCAGUGGAAUAAAACACAAAGAGGACGAACGCCUUCAGAUCAACUCGAGAGUCGUGACUGUUUCUGUCAGCAACACAAACACAAGCCAUCUCCAAAAGCCAGUCGUGUUAACUUUGUACCACCUGAAGAAGGUAGUGUAAAAGUUUGUUCCAAGCACGAUAAUAAGUCUCUGCAAGUAGACAGCACUUUUUAAUAAUCUGCGUUUCUAUGUUGUUUGACAGCAAGAUCAAUCAAACCAUACGUGUGUGUUCUGGGACUCCUCCAAGGAUGGAGGGACGUGGUCUCCUAAGGGCUGCAGCGUGGUGAAGUCCAAUGAUAAUUACACUGUGUGCUCCUGCAGCCAUCUGAGCAGCUUUGCUGUGCUCAUGGCGCGCCAUGAUUUGAAGGUUCAUUCCCCUCCUCACCUCCCAAAAAAUCAAAUCCUAAGGCUCAUAUUCCAGAGUUAACAAUUGACCCUCUGUUUGUUUCUGAUUUUUGUGAUUAACCCUCCUUUCUCUCUUCCUCUCCCUCUUUUUUUUCUUUCAACAGGACAGGUUUGAGUUGAAGCUGAUCACAUGGGUGGGUCUGUCCCUGUCACUCAUCUGCCUGUUCAUCUGCAUCUUGACGUUUUGGUUCAUCCGUUCCAUCCAAAGCCCAAGAACAACGAUCCACCUGCACCUCUGCAUCAGCCUCUUCAUUGCCAAUCUUAUCUUCCUCGCAGGCAUCUCUCGUACAGAGAACCCUGUAAAUAUUAAACACUUGUGAUUUUUAAUACAGAGCAGAUCCUUUUUUCCAUUUCCCCAUUUCUCAGCAUCGUCUUGUUUGUCCUUUUGUCACCCUCUCCCCUGUCUCAGGUCGGCUGUGCGGUGGUUGCAGGAUUUUUGCAUUUCUUCUAUCUUGCCGCAUUUUGCUGGAUGUGCCUGGAGGGCAUACAACUCUUCAGGAUGGUAGUCCUAGUCUUUAACACCAGUUUCAGAACCCUCUACAUAAUGGCAGCCGGCUAUGGAGUCCCAGCUUUAAUUGUUGCUGUCUCUGCGAUGGUAAAUGCCAAAGGAUACGGCACAAAAAAACAGUGAGUUCCUGUUCUGUUAAUGGAUUUUUAAGUUUGAGUUUAUACCUGAAUCCAAGAUCGUCUGCUUCAGGCCUUGGCCUUUUCUGUUGUCAAUUUUUUUGAGGGGAACAAAGGCCAAAAGCCAAAGCCAUAAAAUAAAACAAUGAUUUUAAGUCCACGUCCGUAAUGAAAUAAAUUUAAGGACUAAUAAUGCUUCUGAGGAAGAUUGGGGUCUCAGAUGAAACUAUUAAGCAAGUAAAGAAACAUCUAUGAUUUUUAUGUCUGAAGAUAAGAAACUAUUGAACAUGUCUACAAAGACUACAAAAUGAACCGUAUCAAUCUGAUUGUUGCUUGUGAUCUGUCUGUCUUGUUUUUACAUGUGAUUAGGUCUUUUGUUAUAUGUUUUUAUAGUUUUACAGCUGACAGCAAGCAAGGGGACAGUAAAGGCAACUGAACUGAAGUAAACAGGAAAUUAUGAAGUCCAUCACUCACUUCAAAAACUGUGAAACUUGUUAAACCAACCUCCACCAACAAUUUUUGCUCAAUUGACACUAGCAUCUUCAGACUUUUUUCAAAACAUGCAGGUGUCAAAGUUCCUGUGUUGACAAGAAAGAGGAAGAGUAGAAAACCUCAAAACCAAUUGGGGCAGUGUGGGCGGGGCAUUAAGGCCACUGUGGCAUUUUUUUCAAGGCCACAAGGCCAAAUUGCCCUCGUGGCCCUCGUGAAAAUCCUCCCCUGGUCUGCUUAUUAACUCAGGGUUGUCUGUUGCAGUUGUUGGUUAAACCUGGAUUUCAUCUGGAGUUUCUUUGGUCCUGUCUGUGUCAUCAUUGUGGUGAGUAGGAACAUAAUUUUUGAGGAAAAACAGGCACUACGAUCACCCUCCUGUUUGCUUUGUUAAACCUCUCCUCUGUCGCCUUUCAGAUGAACAUAAUCUUCUUUCUCAUCACUGCGUGGAAGUUAGCAGAGAAGUUCUCCAGUUUAAACCCUGACCUGGACAAACUUCAGAAAGUAAAGUGAGUCACUGAAAUCCAACAAGCUGUGUGUGCAUAAAUGCAUCAGUUUCACAGAUUUGACCUGUAUGUGACUUUGUUGCCCCCUGCAGGGCAUUCACCAUCACUGCAGUGGCUCAGCUGUGUGUUUUGGGCAUCAUGUGGAUCUUCGGAUGUUUCCAGUUUGAGGAGGGCACAAUUGUAAUGACUUACCUGUUCACCAUCUUUGGCAGCCUUCAGGGGGUCAUGCUCUUUGUCAUGCACUGUCUCUUUUCAAAACAGGUCAGUCGCAAUCCUCUAAAACCAUUUAAGGUACAGUGUGUCGAAGCGGUCUUAUUUCAGUAACCUCAGAAACUCAUUUUAUCUGUCCCAAACAAAUAAACAGUAGAUGAAAGUCUCAUAUUAGGUUAAGAAAAACCAAACAAGUUUAUUUUAGGUAAUUAUAAACUUCCUCAAAAAUAAUUGGGAACAUUAUCUUCCUUUUUUAACAAUUCUGUUUCGAUAAAUGUCAUAUACUGCACACUGUACCUUUAAAACAAGCUCUGCUUCUUUUCUGAGGCAAAACUGAUCUUUUACUCUGAUUUAAAGGUGAGGGAGGAGUAUGCAAACAUCCUGUCCAGGUUCUGUGCACCGAAGAAGAAGAGAUACUCAGAGUUCACAUCCACCCAAUCCAGCAAAGCUCAGGUAGAAAAGUUACUACUGCUCUUAAGCAUCUCUGAUUCAGAUGGAAUGAAAUGCAUGCAAUAAAUCAAAAAUGUAUUAUGUCAUAUCACAUGGGAAACCUUAAAGAAGUCAACAUCCAGCUCUCUUAACCAAUACUCAAGCUUUGUUGAUCAGGACUAAUUGAAUGUGUCCCCUCAGACAUCCAAGAGUAAUCACGACACCGGCGAGUCUCAAAUCUGAGCAGCUGCACAGUCACAUGGAACCAAGUUGGACUCAUUUCCUGAGGAGAAUAAUCUCAGACAUUCAGCUAACCACUGCUCUGCCACAUGUAGCCAACGCGACAGACUGCUUCAUCGCAAAUACUGUAAAUGACUUUUUAACAUUUUCUUAAUUUAUGUUUUAAGACAGUCUUUGUAUUUUUCAGAUUUGAAAUGAAAAUGAAAUAUGUAUUAUAAUUUAUUAAAGGUUAAGCAUUGUUUUUUUAAUGAGGAAUGAAACUCAUCAGCUGGAUAAUUAUGAGGUAGAAUUCUCUCAAAAGCUAUAUUUUGUAUUUUUUUAACAAAACUUGAAUAUUAAAAAUGACUCAAGUCCAUAGUGUUUUCCAAAUCCUCCAAAUGUCAAGGUUUUAGUUGCAGAGAAAAUAGCAUUAAAAUGACUUUAUCAUUGCACAAUGUAUUCAAAAAUUAGAAGCUGCAUUUGUUAUUUUCUAACAUGACUAACAGAAACUGGACACCAAUGAGACUAACAUGGACUGUUGAUUUAAGAGUAAGUGUAAAUGUAUUGUUUGGAAAUUGCGUGUGUGUUAUAGUAAGUUACUGCAUUCUUUCUUCAUUCAGUAUGAUGCAACAUAUUCAGUAUUUUAUAUCUGAAUGUUAAAAAAGGGAUUUUUAUUUUCUGAUUUUAAGCAAUAAAUGUUUCAGAGUUUGAAUUACUGGAAUUACUUUCCUUAUUGUUGUUUGAUAAACUAUCAGAGUUAAGAGUAACAAGUUAAUGUAUUCUGAUCAAUCAAAAUUAAUACCUUUUGCCACAUUACUCCCCUUUUUAUUUCAAACUUUUCAUGGCUUAAACCUCAAAUUAUUUAAAGCUCCUGUGAAGAGUUUUUGACAUCUACUGUUGCCUCUAUAUGACCUUAAAAGGCAGGUGGUUCGGUGUCUAAUGAGGUAUUUUUUCAAAAAUGCUACUUUUAUUACUCACACCUGUGUCGCAAAAGGAUAAGCGAAGAGAAAUCACUUUGUCCACAGGGGGCACUAAAAUCAAUACAAACUAAAGUUCCUCACAGUAGCUUUAAAGUUGAUUUUUUUAAGCUUUAACCUCAAUAAACUUUGUUGAAGUUCAUCAAAACUAAAGCCAUUUCAAGAAGCAGGUCUCACUUUUGUUCUUUAAUCUUAUAUCCAAGACAUGUAAUCAUUUUGUUUUUUAGUGACGCAUGCUGCAGUCACUUGAGAAAAGUCCUUCUUUUUUCUACAUAAAGAAGAUAAUUUUGGAUUAAAGAGGAAAACUGUUAAAAAAAAAACUUUAACAUUCUGAAUUAAAGGAAAUAAAAAUCAA